GUACUGGUAGACUCCAAAAUUAUCCUUUCUUUAUGGUUUUUGGAAUCUGGGUUCUCCGAUUUUGAGGAUCUUGAAAUCUUGAAAGAGAAGAGGUUUUGGUUUUUUAAAUCAGACAUCUAUCCUCUCAUGGCGAAGUUAUGUUGCUUCGGUUCUUCAGACUACGAUCUUGUGGUUGGGAGGGCGUCAACUAGUUCUGGAAAAGGGAAAAAUAGCGACGGCGAGAUCAAAUUCGGUUACAGCUUAGUGAAAGGGAAAGCUAAUCAUCCAAUGGAGGAUUAUCAUGUGUCUAAAUUCGUGAAAAUAGACGGUAGCGAGCUCGGUUUGUUUGCAAUCUACGAUGGUCAUUUGGGUGAACGUGUUCCUGCUUAUCUACAGAAGCAUUUGUUCUCCAAUAUCCUUAAAGAGGAGCAAUUUAGGUAUGAUCCUCACAGAUCAAUAAUUGCUGCCUAUGAGAAGACAGACCAAGCCAUUCUGUCACAUUCUUCUGACUUAGGCCGUGGUGGUUCGACUGCUGUAACCGCUAUUCUGAUGAAUGGACGGCGUUUGUGGGUGGCAAAUGUGGGUGAUUCCCGGGCGGUUUUAUCUCAAGGAGGUCAGGCUAUACAGAUGACUGUCGAUCAUGAGCCGCACACUGAAAGGUUGAGCAUCGAGGAUAGAGGAGGCUUUGUAUCGAACAUGCCAGGAGAUGUCCCUCGGGUUAACGGGCAGCUAGCGGUUUCUCGUGCGUUUGGGGACAAAAGCCUCAAAACACAUCUACGGUCAGAUCCAGACGUUAAAGAUUCAUCUAUAGAUGAUCACACAGAUGUUCUUGUUCUUGCUAGUGACGGUCUAUGGAAGGUGAUGGCUAACCAAGAGGCGAUUGAUAUCGCGAGAAGAAUCAAAGAUCCACUGAAAGCAGCGAAAGAACUAACAACCGAAGCGCUGAGAAGAGACAGUAAAGACGAUAUUUCUUGCAUUGUCGUCAGAUUAAGGUGAUGAAAGAUCUUUUGAAACCAAAUAAAUAAGUUUGACACUGAAGAGUAGAAUAUAUUUUUACUUGUUUCUUUUUUACCUCCGGUGUAAAAUGGUUGAUUGGUAAUGUUUGGCAAUUUGAUUGGUUUGAUUUGUGGUCUGUGUAAGUGAGAUUUGGUGUAUAAAAACAACUUAUCUUCUGCUUUGACAUGAGAAGACUACUCUUAAGUGGAUGGGGAGUGUAUAUAAAGCUUUGUGUGCUUCUUCUGAUCUCUGUUUCAACAGUCCUCAUUUUCUCUUUUGUCAUUGAACUUUUUUAGUUUACUAUAUGUUUGUUUUUCCUUUUAAUAAAAUGCAUACUGUACA